AUGCCCGAGAUCGCAGAAGUUGCGCGCGUUGUUAGCUUCUUGAAGAAACAUGCAGUUGGGAAGACUAUCGAGGCCGUCAAGGCACAGGAGGACAAUAUCAUCUUUGGAAAGGUCGGCACUUCAGCGACCGCAUUCAAGGAGGCCAUGACCGGCAAGAAGAUAGUUGAUGCGCGCCAGCAAGGGAAAUACUUUUGGCUGGUCAUGGACUCGCCGCCACAUCCUCUGAUGCACCUUGGAAUGGCCGGCUGGAUGAAGUUUAGCAACGAUGAAUCAGCAUACUAUCGCCCAACAAAGCCCGAAGAAGCAGAAUGGCCACCAAAGUACUGGAAGUUCAUCUUGCAAUUGAAAGACUCCAAAAACGAAGUCGCGUUGGUGGAUGCAAGGCGACUUGCUCGUGUCAGAUUAGUCGAUGCUGCUGCCGAAGAUAUGAGGACGACUACACCACUAAAAGAGAACGGGCCGGAUCCUGUCAUCGACAAAGACAUUUUGACAGUGGAUUGGCUGAGUAAGAAACUACGGAGCAAGAAGGUGCCCGUGAAAGCAUUACUUCUUGAUCAAGCGAACAUCUCGGGUAUAGGAAACUGGGUUGGUGACGAGGUCAUGUACCAGGCUCGUCUACAUCCGGAGCAAUACAGCAACACCUUUAGCGACGAGCAGAUAAAACGGCUGCACGAUGCUAUCAUGUAUGUCUGCGAUACCGCUGUAGAGGCCAACGGGGACUCAGAUGCCUUUCCCAAAGACUGGUUGAUGAAGCACAGGUGGGGCAAAGGCAAAAAGGAAGCACAGAAGCUCCCCACUGGAGAGAAGAUUACGUUCCUCAAGGUUGGUGGGCGAACUUCGGCUAUCGUACCAAGUGUCCAGAAGAAGACAGCAGCUGUUGCUGGUGAUGUAUCUGAAAGCGCAGGUGAAGAGGAUGCAGAAGAGGAGGCGAAGCCUAAAAAGGGCGGCAAGAGGAAGGCAGAGCCUAUGAAGGAGGAAGACGACGAACCCGAGGAGGCACCAGCCGAACCAAAGCGAGGGCGCAAGAGUGCGAAGGAGCAAGUCAAGGAAGAGAUUAAGGAAGAAUCGUCCAAGGAAGCAGAAGAGGUCCCAGCCAAGGCCAAGCGCGGACGCAAGAAUGCCAAAGAGGAGGCAAAAGAGAAGACUGUCGAUGCUGCGGAGGAGAAGCUACCAGCAAGAACGAAGCCUAGCAGCAAGAAGGCAAAAGCAGAUGUCAAAGAGGUCGACGAGGCAGUCGAUGAGGAAGCAGCCGAUGUAACGGAGGACAUGCAGCCAACGAAGAAACGCAAGACUGCCACGAACGGCACGGCAAAGAAGACCAAGGCUACCGCUAAAGAAGUGACCAAAGGCGAGGAGACGAGUGAAAAGCGGCGAUCUGGACGUCUGUCAAAUGCCACAUCCACCACCAGCCACCAGUACUACGGCUGCUCAUCCAACAAUCAUUGUCGCGAUGACAUACUGCACCCAAUAAAUCAUCCUUGUAUCAACCUCAAGCCCGCCCUCGACCACGUCCCAAUUGCGUCAACUUGUCCAUUCCGACCGGAAGUUCCCACCGUCGCGAUGCCGCAACCACUCCCCAGCAAGGAGCAGACGCUGUUCCGAUCGCUCGUCAAAUUCUACGAGGGCAAGCUUUACAAGAAGGGCCUGAAAGCUGCCGAGCAGAUCUUGAAGAAGCACCCCACACAUGGCGACACCCAAGCGAUGAAGGCCCUGAUCCUCAACUCUCAGGGCCAGGGCGACGAAGCCUUCGCCCUCUGCAAGGAAGCCCUCCGCAAUGACAUGAAGUCGCACAUUUGCUGGCACGUCUACGGUCUAUUAUGGCGGUCGGUCAAGAACUACCCCGAGGCCAUCAAGUCCUACAAGAUGGCCCUGCGCCUCGAACCGGGCUCGCUGAACAUUCUCCGCGACCUCGCGCUUCUCCAGUGCCAAGUCCGCGACUACGAAGGAUACAUUGAGAGCCGGCGGAAGAUGAUGCAGGAGCGACCGCAACUGCGACAGAACUGGACGGCAUUGGCAGUAGCUUACCAUCUGUCAGGCAACUACGCCGAGGCCGAGAAUAUCCUCAAGACGUACGAGGAGACCCUCAAGCAGCCCCCGUCCAAGCUGGACCUCGAGCACUCCGAAGCGACCCUCUACAAGAACCAGAUAAUAUACGAGUCCGGCGACGUCGAGCGUGCGCUGAAGCACCUGGACGAGGUGGUGCGUGUCAGUCUGGAUCGCUGCGCCGCGUUGGAAUUGAAGGCCAAGUACCUCCUACAACUCGGACAGAAAGAGGAGGCUGAGAAGGCCUACAGAAUUCUCCUGGGCAGAAACAGCGAGUACCGCGCAUACUUCGAUGGCUUAGAAAAGUCCCUCGGGCUGGACCGAUCCAACGAUGCCGAUAUCGAGAAGCUGAACGAACUGUACCAGUCUUUCGCUAGCAAGAACGAGCGCAACGAUGCUGCGAGGCGGAUACCCUUGGACUUCCUGAAGGGCAAGGCUUUCAAGACACAAGUAGACCAAUAUCUCAGGAGGAUGCUGAACAAAGGCGUUCCCUCGACCUUCCCCAACAUUAAGUCGCUGUACCAGGAUGAGGAGAAGAAGGCAGUCAUUGAGGAGUUUGUGCUCGGCUAUGCUUCGGAAAAACAGACCAACGGCGAGAGCAACGGCGACAACUCUGAUCGUUUCGAGCAAUCUGUGCUAUACUUCCUGGCUCAGCAUUACAACUACGUCCAAAGUCGCGACUUGAACAAGGCCAUGGAGUACAUAGAUAAGCUACUGGAGAAGGAUCCAAAAUCGGUCGACUACAACCAGACAAAGGCCCGGAUCUAUAAGCACAUGGGCGACGUUCAGAAAGCUUCGGAAACGAUCAACCAUGCGCGAGAGCUUGAUGAGAGAGAUCGAUACAUCAACACCAAGUGCGCCAAGUACCAGCUGCGAAACAACGAGAACGAGACAGCACUGAACACUAUGAGUAAAUUCACUCGCAACGAGACUGUGGGAGGUCCUCUCGGCGACCUCCACGACAUGCAGUGCAUGUGGUACCUACUCGAAGAUGGCGAGGCAUACUUGCGACAAGAGAAAUAUGGCCUUGCUCUCAAGCGCUUCACAGCUAUUGCCGAUAUCUUUGACAUUUGGCAUGAGGAUCAGUUCGACUUCCACAGCUUCUCGCUACGAAAGGGUCAGAUUCGUGCUUACAUCGAUAUGGUCAGAUGGGAAGAUCACCUUCGCGACCAUCCUUUCUUCACUAGGGCAGCUACUCAAGCAGUCGAGUUAUACAUACGUUUGGCAGACAACCCCAAGUUCGCGAAUACAGACGAGCUUGAUUUGGAGAAACUAGAUCCUACAGAGCGCAAGAAAGCUGAAAAGAAGGCUAAGAAGGAGCGCGAGAAGGCUGAGAAGGCUGAGGCCGAACGCAAGGCGGCAGCUGCAGCAAAAGCAACUGCCAAGGGUGACGAUGGUGAGACUAAGAAGGAGGAUCAAGAUCCAAAUGGCGAGAAGCUUCUUCAGACGAAGCAACCUCUAGAGGACGCACUACGUUUCCUGCAGCCGAUGCUCGAGCUAGCGCCAAAGAACAUCGAAGCUCAGAACGUAGGUUUCGAGGUCCACCUCCGACGAAACAAGUUUCUGCUCGCGUUGAAAUGUCUGCAGGCCGCACGAGAAAUCGACCCGGAGAACCCCAAGCUGCACGAGCAGAGCGUUCGCUUCCGUCAGGCUCUCGCCAAACCUGCCGAGCCACUCUCAUCCCAAGCCUCAGAGGUCAUCAAGGACUCGUUUACCACACCGCCCGCGGAUGUAGACCUUAAAGCUUACAACAACGACUUCCUCAAAAAGCACUCACAAAGCGCAUCCCAUCUGCAGUCGGGAUACAAUGUCCGAUACAUCCUGGACAACAGCUCAAAAUCUCAGAACGAGCAGGACCUACAGAAGACUCUGGAAUUAUCGAGCAUUACGAUAGAAGAAGCCCAGUCUGGACUUGCGUUGCUCAACCAGUGGGGGAGCGAACAGAAGGUCAAGGACGACUACAGGGCGAAGGCCGCAGGUCGUUGGAGCGACGCUACCGCUUUCAAGAACUAA